UUGGUUGUGUGACGAUGCAUGUGACGUAUUUCGACAUUGCGAAGACGGUUUCAGUUUAAAGUAAUUCGGAAACGAAACAAAUUAUAAUUUAACCGAAAUUUUUAAUAAUGUCCGGCAAAAUGGAGAAUCAGAAACUAAUAAACGAAAUCCAAUAUUUAUCAAGAUUAAUAGAUAAUCAUAAAUCUCAAGCUGCCAAUACUCAAUACAGACAAUCAGGAAAAUUUUCAAAACUUUUUACCAGUAAUACACAUCCUAGUAAUUUUAGAAGAAAUCCUAAUCUUCAAGUGAACAAAUUGCAAAAUAAUAAGGGUCAUGCACAUAGUGGAAUUUUAAAAAUAAACACAAAUCCUUACAAAAUAGAUAGGACUAUUUAUAAUUCCCUGUCAAAAAGAACAUUUGCAUUGCCUAACAGAAGUUCUGUUGAACAGAAAACACUAAUGUCCAAGACAAACCAGCAGGUAUCAUCUGUUGUCAAGUCUGAAUACAAAUCAUCCAAACUUCAGGAUCUAAUUCAGUGUUCACCAAUAAUAGUAACAAUUCAAGAUCAAUCAAAAUCUAUUUCUGUUGGUUAUCCUUCUGAUAAAGUGAAAGUGUUCAAGAAUGAUACAAAAGAAUUACCAAAUAUUUCUGUCACAAAAUCUACUAAUAGAUUAUUACAAAUAAAAGCCAUACCGAAACUGUCCGAGAAGAAAAAUUUACCAAUUAAUAGUAACAGAUUAUUUGAAAUUAAACUGCCAAAUAAUUUACCACAAACUAGUAAGAUACAAGCAGGUGGUACGAAUAGAUUACAAAUGAAUACUCCCACUAUGCUGCCUGAGACAAAUACUAUGUCAGUUACUGCUAAUAAACUGUUACAAAAUGUACAAAACAAGAUGCCAGAGAAGAACAAUUUGCUAGGGAAUUCUAAUAAAUUGUAUAUGUUAAACAAAUCAUUUAAUAGUAGAAGUAAGAAAGCAAUUCUAAAGACCAAAUAUAAGGUUGUUAAUAAGACACCAGAUAAAAUAAAUAGCAUUAAUUGGAAACAAACUUUAAAAGGAAAACAGAAAAAAAAUAUGACAUAUCAGAAGAGAAAUUAUGUAUCUUCACCAUGGAAAUUAGUGUAUAGAAAUCAGCCAAGAGUUUCAGGAAAACAUCCAAAGUCAUUGAGCUGGAUUAAUCGUCAUUGGAGAAAUCCUUAUUACAAUGUACAUAAAAAUUAUAUUAAAAGAAAUACUUUGCAUUCUAAAAAGUUGAGGAAACAAUUCUUAGCAUCUAGGAGGAGGAAAUAUACUGGUAAAAUUGCACAACAAGUGAAGAAGAAUCCGCUUCUGAAAUCAAGAAUGGUAAUGAUAGGAGGUCUGUUGUAUAAUGUAUCAAAGACAAAAUUGUCGAGAGCCUGUAAAUCAUCACAAAAUAAACCAGUGUCAAGAAAUCAAGCAAAACAUCAAACACUAUUAAUAUGUGGAAUCAGAUACAGAAUGGAUCAUUCUGGAAAAGUGUUAAAAAGACUUCCUAUUCAACCUUCUCAUAUAGAAUCCCAAGUCACAACUCUAAGGAAAAAUCUCAAGCGAAUAGAUUUGGGUGGAGAUACUUACAUUCAAACUAAACCUGGUAUACUGACAAAAACAUCAUCAUCUCAAGCCAGAACUUUUGUGAAUCGUGUGGUUAAUCGAAGCAUAUAUCAUAUGUUAGCUGUUGAUCAAAAAAAGUCCCAUUCUAAAAACAACUUGUACUGUAUGUUUUAUAAUCGGUUUGGUAGAUGCAACAAAGGUGAACUAUGUCCAUAUAAACAUGAUGCAGAUAAGAUUGCAGUUUGUACAAGAUUUUUGAGGGGUACUUGUAAAGUUGUGGAUUGUCCAUUUUCACAUAAAGUUGCUCCCGAAAAGAUGCCGGUUUGCUCUUUUUAUCUGCAGGGCCGUUGCAAUAGCGAUAACUGUCCCUAUCGCCAUGUUAAAGUUAAUCGAAAAGCAGAAGUUUGCAAAGAUUUUUUACGGGGUUACUGUCCAGUAGGUCAAAAGUGCAAGAAGACACACACAUUAGUUUGUCCAGAUUACUUACAUAAUGGAAGUUGCAAAAAUGGGGAUAAGUGUCCCAUGAAACAUUCAACAAAAAGGGGACAGAAAAGAAAGUUGGACGAGUUGGAAACUCAACCAACAAAAAAAAUGUUGGUUGAAAAUAAGGAAGAAAGUAAUCCAGGUCCCUCCUUUAUUCGUAGCCGCGAAAGCGGUAAAGCUCAUCCGGCAGAGCCUCUUUCUGAACAGCCAUCUUUCAUUUCUCUCGGAAGUUACGAAGAAGAAAGUGAUUCCCAAACAAAAAUUAUCCCCAUUGGGAAUCCGACGCCAUUACGAAUCAGGCCUCUUUUUUUAAAACAGGGCACACUAGGUAAAUCAUCUCCUGGUGUCCCAGGUAAGUAAAAUUCCAAACUGACGAACAGAAGUAGAAUGAAACUGAGAAACGUGCCUUCUCGUAUAUUUUAAAAUUUGAAGAUUGGUUGUUUAUUCAAAAUUUCAUUUUGUACAGAUGUAAUAAAUAUUGCUGAAAAUUAAUUUAUGUAUUUAUCUGAAA